AUGAACGCCUCGGAGGACGAGCUCCGCGCGAUGUCCGACGCGGCGGUUCAGUGCGCCUUUCCACUCGAGGCGUGGCAGCAGCGCCUACGGUUCCUUUACGACGAGGUGCUUGCGGCCCGCGCCGGGGAGCCCUCAGCGCCUCCGCCGGACCCCGAGCACGGCGGCUCCGAGCUGCGCGUGGCCGAGCAGGGCGCGGCCCCGCCGAGGUCCGAGCUGCCGCCGCCCGCGGCGUGGGCGCCGCGGGCGCCGCCGAGCGCGCCGCGGGCGCCCAGUGGGCAGGACGGCUCGCCGGUGAGGGUCAGCACUAUGGCGUCGCAGGAGAAGCCAGCGGCGGCCUGGGCACCUUCGGCAGCGGCUUGGGCACCUUCGGCAGCGGCCCAGGCAACUUCGGCAGCGCAGCCGGGGCGGGGGCCGCGGCGGCCGUCGGGGCGGGCGCGGAGUUCUUGA